CUUUUACUUGAGAAGAUGAGCAGGUCCAUGUUUCUCAGUGUGUUCAGGGAGAAGUAUCUACAGGGCUUGGUCUGCUGGCUGGAUCUGGAUGAGUCGGUGAUGCCGGUUAUGGGGGCUUUCCUGUCAGGUCUUGGCUUUGAGGGCUCAGACACCUUCCUCUCCACCCUACAGGCCGAACCACUGCUGGCUGCCGGGGCUACCCCCAUCAUACAGGAUCUGGUGUCUUUUUCUGUCAAAGAUGGCCAGUAUGAUGCCAGAGCAAGGGUUCUCAUCCGUCAUGUCAGCUGUCUGCUGCGAGUCCUUCCACAGCAGUUGGAGGAGUUUGAGGAAACACUGGGAGAGAGGCUGAGGGAAGGAGGAGUGGAGAGCGAAGAGGAGUCUUCCCGGCGGCUGAGGAGAGAAAGAGGGCGAAAAUUACGACGCUACCUCCUGAUUGGACUAGCCACCGUGGGUGGAGGAACUGUGAUCGGUGUGACAGGUGGGCUUGCAGCACCCUUGGUGGCAGCAGGGGCCAGUGCUGUGCUGGGGGCUGGAGGGGCUGCUGCUCUGGGCUCAGCCACCGGCAUUGCAAUUAUGGCCUCCCUGUUUGGAGCAGCAGGAGCUGGAUUGACUGGCUACAAGAUGAAAAAGUGUGUUGGGGCAAUAGAGGAAUUUGAAUUCCUGCCACUGAGAUCGGGGAAACAUCUUCACCUCACCAUUGCAGUGACAGGUUGGCUCUGCAGUGGUAAAUACAGUUCGUUCCAGGCCCCGUGGUGCAGCCUGGGCGAGUGUGGGGAACAGUACUGCCUGGUGUGGGAGUCACGUUUCCUCAGGGAUCUGGGCUCGGCAAUGGCCUCUCUGUUGGAUGGGCUAGUCAGCAUGGUGGCCCAGGAAGCACUCAAGUACACGGUGCUCUCAGGGAUCGUGGCGGCUCUGACUUGGCCUGCGUAUCUGCUGGCAGCAGCCAGCGUCAUUGACAAUCCCUGGUGUGUUUGUCUAAACCGCUCAGCUGAGGUGGGGAAACACCUGGCACAGGUUUUGAGAAGCAGACAGCAGGGGAAGCGGCCUGUCAGUCUCAUAGGUUUCAGCCUUGGGGCCAGAGUUAUCUACUACUGUCUACAGGAGCUUGCCAAUGACAAAGGUAGUGAAGGGGUAGUGGAGGAUGUAGUCCUCUUGGGGGCCCCUGUGGAUGGUUCUGAAAAGGCCUGGGAGAGGAUGACCAGAGUAGUGGCUGGAAAAAUAGUGAAUGGCUACUGCAGAGGGGACUGGCUCCUGGGGUUCUUGUACCGAAGUUCAGCUGCACAACUGUCUGUUGCUGGGCUACAGCCAAUCAACGUCCAGGAUCGGCGUAUAAUCAAUGUGGAUCUUUCCUCUGUGGUAAAAGGUCAUUUGGACUACAUGCGUCAGAUGGACACCAUCUUGGUAGCAGUAGGAUUUCCCACCAAAGAAGUCCCAGGAGCCUUCUUUGCUCUUCCUCAGCCUGUAAAAACAGUCACUGAAGGAGAUGUGGACAUCCCAGGCCAACCCCCCAACGAGCAACAUGUGACUGAGACACAAAAUCAAGCCGAGGAGGCUGAGACUUGUACAGAAGAAAGUAAAGACGCAAAAGAGGCGGCAGAGACAGACGAUAUGGGUGACGGUUGGGAUAUCCCUGAUAUUUCAGACCUGCUGGAAUCAUUAAAUGAUACAGAAUCCGACAGUCAAGUAGUAGUCGGGAACAAUUUACCGCUUACUUCUGAGGAGAAUGCCACUGAUGACCACACAGCGUCUGCUUUUGCUGUGUGUGACGGUAUAGAGGAGGCUGACCCUGAGAGCGAACACGUAUCAUGGAGCUGGGAUGAUACACCCUGGACUACAGAGCACACACAAAGGCAGCCAGACUUGUAAAGAGCAUGUGACAGGACCAGCUGCUUCCCUGUAAAAUCUCAUCUUCUCAAGUUUUUUUUCAGCAUCAGAGCUUUCUUAAUUAAUUCCAUUCUCAACACACUGACAUGCCAAAGACAGCUAAAUAGUCAAUGCACACAUAUGGCAGCCUGAAGUGAAAACCCCUGAAUUAACUGCUUUGUUUAACUCCUAAAUGGGAUUUUUAGACUAAUUUAUUAAUAACAAUUUAGAACUUUGUAAAUAAAGUAGAUGUUUUACUACCUGUAAA